AUGAACUCUACAAACACUGUAGUCAAUUUGUCUUCAGUAGUUUUGUCGGAGACCGAAACAAAGGUACUGUCAAAAGGUCUUAAUUUUUGUCCCACGCCGGGCAAAAUAGAUUUUAUACUUUUGGAAGAUGACCUAGACAAGUUAGCAAGAUCCCUCAGAAUUAAGGAAUAUUUUUCUAAAGACACCACAAAAAGUUCCACUGAUUGUGACACAAGUGAUCUCGACUCAGAUGACGACCAAGAAGAUGUCGAUAUUCCCAGAUUCAGGAAAAAAAGUUCAUGGAUUCCUAAACCCAGUAAAUGUGCUACUUUAGAACAUAUUAUUGACAAAAUUAAAUCCGACGUAACAAAUCUGUCCACUGCUACUUCCCAAACAUUCAACAAUUUAUCUUCUGAAGAAAACGAAGCUGUGCGGUUACUUAAAAACAGAGACGACAUUAUAAUUAAACCAGCAGAUAAAGGUAGCGCUGUUGUCGUCAUGGACAGAUGUGACUACAUUCAAGAGGCGGAACGUCAACUCUCUGAUGAGAGAUUCUAUAAGAAAUUAGACUCUGACCCCACCCCUCAAUUUAACACAGAGAUCACCACAAACCUGAAAAAUAUGUGUGAACAGGGACACAUUGAUGAAACCACAUUUAAAUAUCUAAAACCGGAAAAAUCAAAGCCGGGGCGUUUCUAUCUACUGCCCAAAAUACAUAAAGUCAAUAAUCCAGGUAGACCAAUUGUUUCCGCCAAUGACCACCCUACAGAAAAAAUAUCAGAAUUUAUUGACUUUCAUCUCCGACCACACGUAGAAAAUUUACCAUCAUAUAUUCAAGACACAACACAUUAUCUUAAAAAAAUGGAAUCUUUGAACCCUCUCCCACCUGAAACGAUCCUUGUCUCGCUUGAUGUUACCUCCCUCUAUACUAAUAUCCCCCAUGACGAUGGUAUAGAAGCCUGUAGGGAAGUCUGGAACUCUCGUAACACCUUACAUCCACCAACUGAAUGUCUCAUCCAGCUUCUUACUUUGGUAUUAAAAUGCAAUAACUUCACAUUCAAUGGUGAGCACUUUCUCCAAGUUAAUGGAACAGCAAUGGGAACAAAGAUGGCCCCGUCUUAUGCCAAUAUUUUUAUGGGGAAAUUAGAACAGAGAAUUCUCAAUUCUUUUCUUUAUCAACCCCUCUCUUGGUUCCGAUUUAUUGACGAUAUUGACAUGAAGUGGGAUAAUACUGAACAAGAACUAGAUUUGUUUAUUCAACAUGCCAACGAUGCCCAUCCCUCAAUAAAAUUCACAUACGAAAUCUCUGACUCUAAGAUCACAUUUCUUGACACUACAACGCAAUUGAGGGAUGGAAACAUAUUUACAGAUCUGUAUUGCAAGCCCACAGACAAACAUCAAUAUCUGUCUCCUUCAAGUUGUCACCCUAAACAUUGCACCAAGAGCAUUCCCUACAACCAGGCCAUACGAAUAAAAAGAAUUUGCUCCACCAACGAUGUUGCCAAAAAACGACUACAAGAACUUCGCGGUCACCUAAAACAUCGGGGCUACAAAAGGAAAGACAUUGAUAAAGGUUUUUCUCGUGCUAGCAACAUCAGCCGAGAUGAACUUUUACAAUAUAAAGUCAAAAAGGUCAACAGGAGGGUGCCUUUUGUGUUGAAUUACCAUCCACAAUUUGACAACUUGUCUCACCUUAUCCGCGAAAGUUUGAAAGAUAUCGAAAAAACAUCCUAA